AUGGUAGCCACUCGAGUUUCCAAGAAUACGUGCACCGCCUGUCGAAGUGCCAAGGAGCUCAAUUUGAUUUGGGCAUCUCGAAGAAUGUUCCUGAGCGUUGAGCGAGUGGUCUUAUGCACCAAAUUGGGUAUCGCAUGUAUUGAACAAGUGCGCACCCAAGGGCGGCCACGUAAGACCCAGGCCUUGACAUUGCUCAAUGAGAUUUACGAGUCUUCGAAUCCGCAUAACGGCGCACCAAACCCGCCAUGCCCAUCGUCUCUCCACGCCUGCGGGUCGUCUGAGUCGGGGUCUUCGGCUACCCAAAGCAUCGAGAACUCCAGUACUGACGGUAAAACCCCCGGCUUUCUACUUGCCACGGAUGCAGCCGUGAACCCUGUUGGUGCUGCUCCCGGACGUCUUCGCCUCGCCGAGUACCCCGUCUCCACCCUCGCUACCGACCUCUCCCAUGGCUUUGCCAGCCUCCACUACCGGGGCCAGAGCGACACAGAGAAAACCAUCGCCGUCCUCCGCGCCUGGAACCUCAUGUCGGGCACGCAUCGGCAGGAUAGCUCUUACGGGGCCUUCAAUCAAGUGGUGCGAGCCUUGGCGCUGGACCACGUCACGGCCAUUCUCGUGCAGCAACGUCCUCCAAACUGCCGGGAUAUGCCGCCUGGUACCCCUCUGUAUGGGCCCAUGUCCGAGGUUUCUGACGACAGCGAUCCUAGCGAUCUUUUGCACGAAGGGUUUCGUGGUUUUGAAAGUGGAGAAGGGAAAGCCGUGGCGUACUAUGUGAUGGAAGGCGGGCACGUACGCCUGAGCGUCAAUCCCCUCUUUGAGUCCAUGCUCAUGUCGAUGACCGACGCCCUCUCCCUUCUCGAACAUCACCGGAUGCUUCCCAUUUUCCUGUGGGGGUGCCUUUUCACCCCGUUCUCCCAACGAAAGCUCUACGGUCGCUUGUCCCAGGCCAUCUUUUCCGCCGCUUCGCCUGUAGGGGAAGUGACAAUGGAUUUGGAAUGUCUGGGUCGGAAAGGGGAACCCUUCUGGGGCCGCACGUCUGUGCGGCAUGUCGUGGAGGAUGAAGGCGCCUACGCUUCUUGCAUCAUUUCUAUUGAAUUGCUACGGGUCGAUGAGAUUUGUCCUUCGUAUUCACCUCUGCAUGCUGCCCGCCCAGUCAUGGAUCGGAACAGGCGAUCUUCAAAUGUGAACAGUGAAAAGGACGUCUCGGAAACGUAUCCUGACAACACGACUGGACCUGCCGCUGCCACUGCUUUCACAGGAUCAAAGGCAUCGUUUCGAGAUGGAAUAGGCCAUGGGUGGGACAAGAAUUUGGGGGGAGUCGGUGACAACAUCGUUGGGCCUGCCGCGAGUCUCAGGGGCCGGGAGGAGCUCAGUAAUGACUUUAAACACAGGCCACUGACCCGCCGUCGGCACAAACGUAAAUGUCAAGACACGAACGGGCCAUGGGACGGGACUGAGUUGGAUUGGGAGGGCCUUGGUAUCAGCCAUAGUCAUGACGGAGGCAGUCUGUGGAGGGAACCGGGAGGGAAGGACUCCCAUUUUUACGUCUCUGAGCCGCAACUUGCAGCCCUGACUGGAUUUCAGGAAGCACAUUCAUGGCAGCAGCAGCCGCCGCAUCAGAAUGUAGUUGUUCAGUCGCAGUCAUCAUGGGUGCAGCGACGACAAAAUCAGACCAAGAAACAGCACCAGACUCACCAGGAGCAAAUGCAGACACUGCACCAUAACCACCAAUUACAGCCACACGAGCAGUACCAGGUGUGGCAAAGGCAACGACAGCAACAAUCCCGCCACCGUCAGCAGCAGUAUCGAAACGUUCCAAAAGAAUAUUUGUACUAUCCAAGUUCGCAGCCGCCCCCGCAGCAGCAGCAGCAGCAGCAACAACAACAUGCCCAACGAUCACGAGAAUAUGAAGCAUGGCAAAGUCAACAGCAGCCCUCCAGGCAGCCGCAACGACAACUGACUGACCAGUCUCAGCAAAAGCGUCAGCAAGAUCAGCAGCUAUGCUGGCAAGUCAAAGAAGAGGUUGCGACAACAAAAAGUAGUGGAGAGACUUCGGAAGGGAUCGAAGAAGGAGAGCAUAGGGGAGCGUGGAAUUGUCCCGACGGGCAGAGCGCCUAUCCGCAUGAACCCAGCAUCAUGGAGUUCCAGACCACUCUGCUUUCCUUAGCAGCCUUUUCCGUGCAUGGCUCACAUAUGGCAAACAGCCCUAGCGCGACCAGUACCGGGAAGGUGUUUAGACAAACCUCGGCAGGACUGGAAGGGGCGGAGGAGCAAAAGAUGGUCUCGACAGAUGGUGACGAAACGCUCGAUUUUGAUGAUUUGAUGAAAUGCGACUUCGAUUGGAGCAUCCUGACCUCCUCGCCGCUCGUGCGUUUGAGUGGAGCUCCCCCCACACCACUGUUGACGAAGUCCCCUUCGCUGGUGCCCUUAUCCCGUACCAGCUCCAUCACCACGACCACAACUUACAUCCCGAAAAGCAGCCGGCAGCCGGUGGUCAAUCCCUCUCUUUCUCUGCAUUCGACAGUCGGUUGCCUACCAUUGCAUGUACAGAAUGAGGGUUCGGACGCUGAAAGCUGGCUUACGACUGUUGUCUAA